GAAGUUGGUGUUGAGACUUAUGAUGUAUCAAAGAAAAAUAAUUUUCAGAUGCGUGCUGCUCUUAUGUGGACCAUAAGUGAUUUUCCAGCAUAUUCAAUGUUGUCUGGGUGGAGCACUGCGGGUAGGACUGCUUGUCCGUAUUGCAAACAAGAUUCAGAUGCAUUCACUCUAACAAAAGGUGGGAAACAAUCUUGGUUUGAUAAUCACCGUAAGUUCUUACCUCAUAAUCAUCCGUUCAGAAAAAACAAAACAGCUUUUCAGAAAAAUAGAACAGUAACAAAGAUAGCUCCAACUAUUCCAUCUGGUGAUGAGAUCUUGAAAGAAAUAGAAGAUUUGGGCUUGAGGAGUGUUGUAGAUUCUGGUGCACGUGAGAUUAAUAGCCGCAUUGCUAGGAUCAGUGGUUGGAGAAAACAGAGCAUUUUUUGUGAGUUACCUUAUUGGCAGACAAAUCUCAUUCGACACAAUCUUGAUGUUAUGCACAUUGAAAAAAAUGUCUUUGAUAAUAUAUUCAACACUGUUAUGAAUGUGGAAGGGAGGAGUAAAGAUAAUACUAAAUCUAGGGAAGAUUUGAAGGAAUUCUGUUGUCGACAUGCCUUAGAAAAAGAUGAUGCUACCGGAAAAUAUCCGAAAGCAUGCUACACUCUUGAUAGGCAAUCAAAAAUUGUGCUUCGUGAAUGGCUUCGCAAUCUUAAAUUCCCGGAUGGAUAUGUAUCGAAUACAGCCCGAUGUGUUGAUAUGCGAAAGCUACAGCUUUUUGGUAUGAAAAGCCAUGACUAUCAUGUCUUUAUGCAGAGAUUACUCCCAAUAGCAUUUCGGGAAUUGCUUCCAUCAAAUGUUUGGCAGGCAUUAACAGAAAUGAGUAAUUUUUUAGAGAGCUCACUUCGACUGUACUCCAAGAAGAAAACAUGUUAAGGCUUAAUGAAGAAAUUCCUCUAAUUAUUUGCAAAUUAGAGCGUAUAUUUCCCCCAAGCUUUUUUGAUUCAAUGGAGCAUCUUCCGGUGCAUUUGACUUAUGAAGCAUGAAUUGCGGGUCCAGUACAAUAUCAAUGGAUGUAUCCAUUUGAGAGAUAUCUUAGAAAACUGAAAAAGAAUGUGAGAAAUAAAGCAAGAGUUGAAGGCUCCAUAUGCAAUGCCUAUUUAGUUGAGGAAGCAACAUCAUUUUGCGCACAUUAUUUUGAACCACAUGUAAGGACAAGACAUCGAAAGAUACCCCGUAAUGAUGAUGGUGGAGAAGAUGCAGAAGAACAUUUUGGCAACUUAUCAAUUUUCAUACGUCCCGAUAGAACAUUGGGAAAAGGAAAAAUUAAAUAUCUUAAUGAAGAUGAAUAUGCAGCAGCACAAAUGUACAUUUUAUUAAAUUGUCCAGAAGUGCAACCAUUCACCAAGAUCUUUGUUGAUGAAUUAAUUGCGGAGAAUCAGCACAUUGAUGAUAGACAUGUUGAUGAAAAAAUAGAACAUGAAUUUGCAACAUGGUUUCACCAGUUUGCUCAUGAUCCUUGCAAAGGCAUUUCCAACCAAUUCUUGAAGGACUUAUCAAAAGGUCCAUUAAGGAGCUAUAAGUCUUAUAAUGGGUAUGUGUAAAGGGCACGAAUUAUACUACAGAUGAAAAUGACUAUUAUGGCCAAUUAGUUGAGGUUUUAUGCUUGGAGUACCCGGGAUUACCAAUUAAGCGAACAAUCUUGUUUAAAUGUGAUUGGUUUGAUCCAACACCGAAAGUGGGUACAAAAUGUCAUCAACAAUAUAAACUCAUGGAUGUUAAUCAUAAGCGGUUCUUCAACAAAUAUGAACCAUUUGUUCUUGCCUCCCAAGCAAUUCAAGUUAACUAUGCAACAUAUCCUAGUUUAAAAUGUGACAAGGCCGAUUGGUGGGCAGUGUUCAAAGUAAAAGGUAGAUAUGUUGUAGAGCUUCCUAAACAAGUUCAACUGAAGACAUCAACAACAUGUGAAGAACCUUUUCAGCAAGAUAAAAUGGAAGUUUCAUCUAUACAAAUCAAUGUUGAUGAAGAACAAUCUCUAAAUGAUCCAAGUGGAGAAUUGAUUGAAAUUGAUGAUGAUGGCAUUGAGGUUGAAGAUGAUCCUAUAUUUGAAUUAGAAAGCAAUGAUGAAGAUGAUGAGUUUGAUGGAAUUGAAAGUGGUAGUGAAUAAAUUAAGCAAAAUGAGAGGGAAGGGUUGUAAAGGAGGUUCAAGUUACAGAGGUUCAUCCGAUAGUUUACAUUCGAUAGCACGUGAUGCUCCAGCUCAAGUUACUUCUGCACCGAAUGUAUUGUCACGGCCAUUACCUCCAUCUGUUGCUAAUACUUGUGCGGGAUCAUCAUCAUCUUCUGCUUCUACUCCUUGUGCUAGUGGAGGGGUUACCCCUAAUGGUGAGCCUACUAUGCAUGCUAGAGAUACCCCGACAUCAUCCAUGGAUUGCUUGCCCCUUACUAUUGAUGAGUCAAGAAGACCACGCAUAAAGCUAGUAAAUGGAAUGUUGCAUCCCUCAGAUGUCUGUGCUCGAAAAAUUACAUUCAUCUUUAAGGAAAGAAUGGAUGAGAAUGGAUACAGUUGGAAGAAUGUCUCUAAGGAGACAAAAGACUUCUAUUGGAAUGAAUUUCAGAAAUUCUUUGUGUGGGAUGAAUCAAUGUUAUCUGCUAUUAAGAUGGCAUGGCAACGUAAAGCUGCGGAACGGUAUAGAGCAUUGAUGUGUAGUUUGAGAAAGGGGAAAGAAAAAUCAUUGCAUGUGUCUGACUCUGCAUGGAAGACAUGGACCGACGCAUGGAAUUCUCCGGAAUUUAAAACUCGGUGUGAGACAGCUACCGCAAACCGACUCACGGAGAUUACAGGACCUGGAUCUGGUAUAUCCCGACACACAGGAGGUUCCAUUUCUCAUGCUUCCCAUGCGGAUAGAUUGCGAUCGAGGCUUGGACGUGAUCCUCGCCCUUUUGAGCUUUUUGAAGUAACUCAUACAAAGAAGGGUACCUCCAUGCUUGUUGAUACACGUGCUCAAUCUGUUAAGGAUCGCUAUCUGGAGCUUGUGGAGCAAGCAUCUCAAACGCAAGAAGGGCUUGACGAGCUUCCUAUUGUGGAUGAAACAGCUUUGUACUAUGAUGCUGUUGGGGGAGGAAAGAAAAGUCGGGUUUAUGGAUAGGGUCCCAGGCGUGUAUCUUUUAUCCACAUUCAUCUUCGAGUUUGUCCACAGGUUCAUCAUCUGAGGCACUACAUGCUGAGGUUAGAGAUUUGCGUCAAACUUUUAGUCAAGUCCAAGAUCGUGAGGAGAGGCUUCAACAAACACUUGACCAAGUCCAAGAUCGUGAGAAGAGGCUUCAACAGACGCUUGGCCAAGUACAAGAUAAUAACAAGGAGCUUCAACAAAGUUUGCUUGAAAUGAAAUAGGAGAGGGACCAAUAUCGUGCGGAGAUGAUGCGUCAAAUGAAGGACAUGAUGAUGAGUUUUGAGAGGAGGAUUCUUCAGCAGUCGCAGUUUACCACACAGGACUCACAACCAGUUACUAACGAUCAUGAUGUUGGCUUAUAGUUGUAUUUGUCGUAUACUUAUUAUUUUGUGUUGAACAUAUAUACUUAAAUAUUUCUUUUUGUAUGAA